ACGUUUGAUUUUGCUUAAAUCAGUCUGUAACUCUGUAUAUGAAUAAAAACUUGGCUGCCAUAUUCGUAUUUCGUCUGUGACUGUCACGUUUGCUGUUAAUUUUGUCGUAGGUAGUAGGUACACAGUCGCAAUCGACAUAUUUUGCUGAAAAAGGCAUAUUUAUGCAUAAAUGUUUUCUAAAUAAAUGACUGUUUAACGUUAAGUGAGAAUGUCGGAUUCAGAAGGUAGUAACUUUUCUGGAAGUGGUUCAGACGCAGGCAGUGUAGUGUCGAAUCGAUCAAGAAGAAGUGCUGCAUCAAAUCGUUCGGCUAAGUCGGGCUCCCGUUCACGAUCUCGUUCACAGUCUGGUAGCCGAAGUCCCUCAAAGUCUCCAUCUAGGUCACGUUCUAGAUCGAGGUCACGCUCACGUUCUCGCUCCAGGAGCCGCUCAGCCGGAUCGGAUGGCAGUCGAAACAGAGACGAUGAAGCUAAAGAGGCAUCCGGCGAUGAAGAAGUUGAGGAUGAACAAGAGCCAGAGGGAGAAGAUUUAGUUGACUCCGAAGAAUAUGACGAAGAUGAAGAAGAAGAGAGACGCAGGAAGAAAAGGAAGAAGGAUAGUCGUUAUGGAGGUUUUAUUAUUGAUGAAGCUGAGGUCGAUGAUGAAGUUGACGAAGAUGAUGAAUGGGAAGAAGGAGCCCAAGAAAUGGGCAUUGUUGGCAAUGAGGUCGAUGAAAUUGGACCCACGGCGCGGGAGAUUGAAGGUCGACGGCGAGGAACCAACCUCUGGGACUCACAGAAGGAAGAGGAAAUCGAAGAGUAUCUGAGGAACAAAUAUGCAGAUGAAUCAGCUGCACUCAGACAUUUUGGUGACGGAGGCGAGGAAAUGUCUGACGAGAUCACUCAGCAAACCCUCCUGCCUGGAAUCAAGGAUCCUAACUUGUGGAUGGUCAAAUGCCGUAUCGGUGAAGAGAAAGCAACUGUACUCUUACUUAUGAGGAAGUUCAUAACUUAUCAGAACACCCCAGAAUCAUACCAGAUUAAGUCAGUAGUAGCACCUGAAGGUGUAAAAGGUUAUAUUUAUAUAGAAGCGUACAAACAGACGCACGUAAAAGCUAUCAUCGAUAAGGUUGGAAAUUUGAAAAUAGGUACUUGGAAACAGGAAAUGGUACCAAUUAAAGAAAUGACUGAUGUAUUACGAGUUGUCAAGGAACAGUCAGGCUUGAAACCAAAACAGUGGGUGCGGUUAAAGAGAGGUCUCUUUAAGGAUGACAUAGCUCAAGUGGACUAUGUCGAUUUAGCUCAAAAUCAAGUACAUUUGAAACUGCUACCUAGAAUAGACUAUACAAGACUGAGAGGAGCUUUAAGGACUGUUCAGAGCGAAGGCGAGGCCGCUAAGCGAAAGAAGAAGCGCAGGCCUGCCGCGAAACCUUUCGACCCUGAAGCUAUCCGUGCUAUCGGCGGCGAGGUCACUUCCGAUGGUGACUUUUUGAUAUUUGAAGGAAACAGAUACUCACGAAAAGGUUUUCUUUACAAAAAUUUCCCAAUGUCUGCUAUAUUAGCGGAGGGAGUUAAGCCUACUCUUACCGAAUUAGAAAGAUUUGAGGAACAGCUCGAAGGAAUCGACAUCGAGCUCGCGGCCCCCGCCAAGGACGACCCGACGAGCUUACAUUCCUUCUCUAUGGGAGAUAAUGUCGAAGUGAGCACCGGCGAUCUGGCCAACCUUCAGGCUCGAAUUAUCGCCAUAGACGGGUCAAUGAUCACGGUUAUGCCAAAGCACGACGCUUUAAAGGAUCCACUCGUAUUUAAGCCGAACGAACUGCGAAAAUACUUCAAGCAGGGAGAUCACGUGAAAGUACUGGCCGGCAGAUAUGAGGGCGACACCGGGCUGAUAGUGAGAGUGGAGCCGCACCGGGUGGUGCUUGUAUCGGACCUGACCAUGCACGAGCUGGAAGUGCUGCCGCGGGACCUGCAGCUGUGCUCCGACAUGGCCACCGGCGUGGACUCGCUGGGCCAGUUCCAGUGGGGCGACAUGGUGAUGCUCGACGCGCAGACCGUCGGCGUCAUCGUGCGCCUGGAGAAGGAGAACUUCCACGUGCUCGGCAUGCAGGGCAAGGUCAUCGAGUGCAAGCCGCAGGCGCUGCAGAAGCGCCGCGAGAGCCGCUUCACCAUGGCGCUGGACUCCGAGCACAACAGCAUCCAGAAGAAGGACAUCGUGAAGGUGAUCGACGGGCCGCACGCCGGCCGCGAGGGCGAGAUCAAGCACCUGUAUCGCAACUUCGCGUUCCUGCAGUCGCGCAUGUACCUCGACAACGGCGGCAUAUUCGUGUGCAAGACGCGCCACCUGCAGCUGGCGGGCGGCGCCAAGGCCUCGGCCGCCGCCAACGGACUGGCGCUGGGCUUCAUGUCGCCGCGCAUCCAGUCGCCGCUGCACCCGUCGGCGCGGGGCGGGCGGGGGCGGGGCCGCGGGGGGCGCGGCCCGGCCGCGCGCGACCGCGAGCUCAUCGGCCAGACCAUCAAGAUCACCGGCGGGCCCUUCAAGGGCAACGUGGGCAUCGUGCGCGACGCCAACGGCAGCACCGUGCGCGUCGAGCUGCACGCGUCCUGCCAGACCAUCUCCGUGGACCGCGGGCACAUCGCGGCGGCCGGCGGGCCCACCGGCGCGCCCCGCGGCGGACUGUCCAGUUACGGGCGCACGCCGAUGCGCGCGGGCGCGCACACGCCCACGUACCGCGAGGCGGGGCUGAAGACGCCGCUGCAGGGCGCCGCCACGCCCGUGUACGAGGCCGGCAGCCGCACGCCGCACUACGGCGCCAGCACGCCGGCGCACGAGGGCGCGCGCACGCCCGCGCACCCCGCCUGGGACGCGGCCGCGCACACGCCGCGCCCCGACCUGGACCUGGCGCUGGGCCUGCCCGCCUCGCCGCCCGCCUACGACGCGGCCUACUCGCAGGGCCCCUUCACGCCGCAGACGCCGGGCACGAUGUACGGCUCGGACCACACGUACAGCCCCUACCGGCCGAGCCCCAGCCCCGGCUACGCGGCCGGCUACCUGGGCACGCCCAGCCCGGGCGCGCGCUCGCCGGGCUCGGCGGACGAGGACGCGGACUGGCCGGCGCCCGAGCUGGAGGUGCGCGUGCGCGGCGGCGCGGACGCGGCGCUGCGCGGGCAGGCGGGCGCCGUGCGCGGCGUGUCGGGCGCGUCGUGCGCCGUGUUCCUGCCGGCCGAGGACCGCGUGCUCAACCUGCCCGCGCACCUGCUGGAGCCCGUCGUGCCGCACAGCGGCGACCGCGUCAAGGUGAUAGCGGGCGAGGACCGCGAGGCGGUGGGUCAGCUGAUCUCCAUCGAGAACCAGGAGGGGGUCGUCAAGUUCGGCUCCGACGACAUCAAGAUCAUGCAGCUGAGACACCUCUGCAAGAUGGCGUCCACGUAGGCCGACGCAUGACGACGAUGUUACAUGUUAUUAGAUACCAUAUAUACCGUCAAAUCAUUUGCUAUUCAAUAAAAAUGCAGCGCAAAGCUGCAUCUUGCAAAACCUGUGCGUGUGUGAUGAGACAUUAAAUUCUUUUUUUUUUUACCUGUUUUAAAAUGAUAUUAUACAAUUUUUUUUCAUAAAACUGUCAACUUUUUUCAAACUUUUUAUCCUAAAUAUACCCGCGAUAUAUUAGACUUAUUAUAUUUAAACUUAUUACUAUAACAGAUUCACUAGCUAAAAUCAAAACGGAUGUAACACACACGCACACAGCGCAAAGACAAUUGAACAGUCUAUACCUUACUAUCUUGUGUAUUUUAAAAUAUACCCAUGAAGCACUUGUUAGUGUUAUUUUAUUAUUCUUAAGCAAAAAAAAAAUGUUAACUUUUACGUGUAGGCAACAAAACAACUACCACUGUAAUAUUGUUACAUUAUGCUUUGCCAAUUAAAGUCCUGCAGAUCGCUAACACACUUACUCAGAAGUAGGUGGUAUAGCCCUAUCCGUGUUGUAAGGUUCAAAUCCAACGUUUUUUUUUUUUUUUUUACUCGUACAAUGUUUGUUACCAUCCAGCUGUAAAAUAAUUCACUUUUGGAAACAGGAAUUACCAAGUCUUAUGGUCAGCUUGGUACAGACUAGACGUCUAAUAUAUUUCACCUUCCAAAUAUUUUGCAGUAUCCUCAACAAAUAAAAAUCUUUAAUAUAAAAA